AAAACACGUGAUGUCGAAAUUAUCGUCCUACUUUACACAUGCAGCCUAAUUAGUUUUAUACAUUACUCUCAGAAGCUAACUCUUAACCAAAUACAGUUUGAAGUUUGAGUCCAUUGCACCAAAAGUUGAAAGUUGAACGAAGGAGCUGCAACAUGUCAAUAAAAAAAAAGUUGAAGCCGCCACACUUUUUUAAAAACAUUUCCCACCAAACCCUUUUUAUCUGAUGGUACCGCUAAUUUAGCCAUUUUAUCAAUCUCACUUUCUCGGGUAUCUUCGUUGCCGUCUACGUCUCUCCCUCCCUUGCCUUUUCACACAGACACAUAUAUAUAUACGCACACAAGAAGCAUAUGUUUGUAAUCUUUUUUUUUUUGGGUUGGAAAAUUUCAAUUUCAGAACAUUGCUUCUCUAUCUCUCUCUCACCCCCUCCAUAAACGCAUAGGGAAGUAAGAAAGAUGGAGGAGAGGUGUCAGGUAUUGUUUCCAUGUUCGUCAUCAGAUCAUGGGGUCGACAAAAGGACAUGGUGUGCAGCUCAGCCAACAACAACAUCAUCAUUGUCAGACCAGAAAAUGAAGAAUAAGGAAGAAGGGAAACCCAAGAGUAGGAAGAAGAAAGAGAGAGAAGCAAAAUUCGCGUUUCAGACAAGAAGCCAGGUUGAUAUUCUGGAUGAUGGAUACAGGUGGAGGAAGUACGGGCAAAAAGCUGUCAAGAACAAUCUAUUCCCCAGGAGCUAUUAUAAGUGCACACAAGAAGGAUGCAGAGUGAAGAAGCAAGUGCAGAGGCUGUCAGGAGACGAAGGGGUGGUGGUAACCACUUACCAAGGAGCUCAUACCCAUCCGGUUGAUAAACCCUCAGAUAAUUUCCACCACAUCUUGACCCAAAUGCACAUCUUCCCUCCCUUUUAGUUCUCCUACUUUUAUAA